AAAUCGUUCGGAUGUGAGUCAGGGACGGAAUCCGGAUCGACACAAACGUAAACACAGCUGGCGGCGCGGCAGUUUGGGAGAGGUGACCUGUUCAUGUGUUCGUGUACGUUUUGCCGAGAUGUCUCUCAAAGGACGAUUUCUCAAGCCAGGAGACGACAGCAACUACGCCGAGGACCGCAGUGACGUGGAGCCCACCAGUGGCACCUCCUUCAUCUUCAACCCUAACCGUAACCUGAGUCUGCAGGCACAACGGCAGCGUCUCCCAGUCUUCUCACUGCGCAGCCACAUACUUUACCUUCUUGAGAAUUACCAGACGGUUGUUGUCGUUGGUGAAACAGGAUCAGGGAAGAGCACUCAGAUCCCUCAGUACCUCCAGGAGGCAGGCUGGGGGCAGGACGGAAUGAUCUGCAUAACGGAGCCUCGCCGUGUAGCCUGCACCACCCUAGCUGAGCGAGUUGCUGAGGAAUGUGAUGUGAUACUGGGCAGGGAGGUUGGUUAUGCUAUUCGCUUUGACGAUCGCACCUCUCCGGGCGUGACGCAGAUCAAAUAUGUAACGGAAGGACUGCUGGUUCGAGAGAUGAUGGCAGAUCCACUGUUACGGCAGUACAGUGUCAUUAUGGUUGACGAGGUACAUGAGUGUACUCUCUUCACGGAUAUCCUGUUGGGAUUGCUGAAGAAGGUACAGCGGAAACGGAAGGACCUUAGGCUCAUUGUGUCAUCUGCUACAGUAGAUGCAGAUCAGCUCUUCCGAUUCUUCAACCACAAUGCGACGAAAGAUAAGACAAAGGACACAGCGGCAGUGGUGUCAGUGGAGGGGCGGAAUUUUCCAGUUGAUGUGUUUUAUUUGCAAGAGGCGGCUGCAGAUUAUGUACGAAGCAGUGUGGAUACAGUUCUAAAAAUCCACACAAAGGAAGGUCCUGGUGGAGUUCUUGUUUUCCUGACAGGUGUGGAGGAGGUGGACAAAUGUGUGUCUGCCCUAAGGGAGGAAAGCAGUAGGUUGGGGGAGAAGGGAGGCAAGAUGCAGGUGUGGCCUUUACAUGGCUCGCUCCACAACAGUGACCAGCUACAGGCAUUCCUCUCACCGCCACAGGGAGUUAGGAAGGUGGUGGUGGCAACCAACCUUGCUGAAACUUCCAUUACCCUGCCAGGCAUUGUGUUUGUUGUGGACUCUGGGUUUGUCAAGUUGCGCUGGUUCAAUGGGCAGUCAGAUGCACUGGUGGUGGUCCCAGCCUCCCAAGCCUCGGCCAAUCAGAGAGCGGGGCGGGCUGGACGCACUCGCUCUGGCCAGGUGUACAGGCUGUAUAAGGAAGAGGACUUUGCCACUCUCAGCCAAGCUACACCUCCUGAGAUGGUCAGAACUAACUUGUCCUCUGCUGUGCUUAACCUCAUGGCUCUUGGGAUAGAUAAUAUGCUGCGUUUUGACUUUCCAUCUCCACCGCCAGCCAGUCAUCUCAUAGCAGCCCUUGAUGAACUGUUUGCAUUAGGGGCUAUAGGAGAAGAUGGCCAGCUAACACGACCCCUGGGACAAAAUAUGGCUGAGUUACCCCUUCCUCCACAGCUGGCCAAGAUGUUACUGGUGUCAGGAGAGCAUGAAUGUUCUGAGGAGAUCCUGUCCAUCGUGGCCAUGCUUCAAGUACAGAAUGUGUUCAUCGACCCCAGAGGAGGACAGCGCCACAUAGCUAGAGCCAGGCAGCGUAACUUUCAGGUGAAGGAAGGGGACACACUGACUCUACUCAAUGUUUACAAGAGUUACCUGCGAAGUGGCCAGAGCUCGAAGUGGUGUGGGAGGUACUUCAUCAACUUCCGAGCAUUGCGUCGUGCAGUGGAGAUAAGAGGGCGAAUGGAGAGGCUCUUGAUGCAGUGUGGUGUUGAAAUGAAGUCUUGUGGUGGAAAUGUGGAGAGUAUCCGAAGGUGCAUCACAGCAGGUCUGUUCCCCAGCGCUGCCUUCCUCCACCACUCCGGCUGCUACCACUCUGUGCGUACCUCCCUGCCUCUUCACAUACACCCCUCCUCCACCCUGUACACCCUGCCCCAGCCACAGUGGGUGAUAUACCACGAGGUUCUGCACACCACCCAAGCCUUCAUGCGUGACCUGACCGUGAUAGAACCCUCCUGGCUGCUGGAACUGGCACCGCACUACUACGAGAAGACCCAGCUGGGGGACACCUAGCCCUCUGGCCCUAACAACCUGAAUUAAAUACUUUAAGAACUAAA